AUGGCCAAGGAGCCUGUGUCAUUGUCCCAAAUGCAGAAACUCCCAUCUGAAACUCUCCGUCAGUACGCCGAACGAUACUGGCAACUGUUCAACGAAAUUCCUGGUAUCGAUGAGUACUGGGCCAUAAGAACCUUCAAAAAUGGCUUGGAAAUUAACAGCAAGAUUUUGGACCAACUUGCUAUCCGCCCACCCCAUGGCAUGGGCGAGUUGAUGCGCAUCGUGGAAAGAUUCUGCGCCCUUGAAGAAUUCUACGCGGAUCGUGCGGCUCAAGGACUAACAAAUUCUACAACGAUCACACCUCAGCUGACAGCACCAGUCGCAACGCAGCAGCCUCAGCCGAAGAAACUUGUCCACAACAUCAAGGAAGGAAAGAAGCGCCAGCUGAAGGUACAUGACUAUGUGGCCAAAACCACAUACUUCAAAGAACCCAUCUGGUCUUUCUUGAAGAAAAUCAUGAGGCAACCAUGGUUCGAAUGGCCAACAGGAAAGCUGGGCACAGACACUGGCCAAGUAGAUCAGAACCCACGAAAGAAGUGCUCAUACCACAAUGAGCUCAGUCAUUACACAACCGCAUGCGCACCAUACAAAGCCCUAUUAGAGCAUCUGGCAGCAUAA